GAAAUCUACGGUUGGAGGGGGUUAUGUGCGAAACAUCAGUUAUUUUCCGCUUUGGCUCCUAGGCGGCGUACUCCGCUCUUUGGCGCGGUGUGAACAAUGGGCUCUCUGUCGGACUCGCAGGCGAAUGGCGACCGUCAGCCGCCGCCGGCGGAGGCGGAGGAUGCUGGGGCGCAGGUCGAGGAGGGAGAUACCGGCCAGAAGAUGGAGGGCGUCGCGUCCAUCGCGCUGCUGCCCUCUGGCGCCAUCUCCGGCCACUUCAUCCGCCUCCCGGACUCCGCCUGCUACGGCCUCCAGGGCACCCCGAUACCAUGCGAGAGGGAAUGUAGCCGAGGAGAUGAUUACCGCCUUAUAAAGCUCUCCAUCAUUAAUUUUAAGAGGAAGACAGAGAAGGUGGUUGUGGUGGAAUGCAGGGGACAUGAUGCUGCUCGAUUACAAAACAUUGACCAUUUGCAUGGAUGGGAAGAUGACGUUGUUGGGUUGGUUCAAAAGAAACAUGGGAAUAAGAAAGUCUUGGUCUCUUUCGAAUGCGAGACGCUGAAGGCCGAUAAAGCCGCCGAGGAGCAUAUUAGCAAGUAUAUGCCAAAUCUUUGUGGACUGGAUGCAGUUGUGAACACGGGGAAGAUGAGCAUCUCUGGCAUCAACCUCGACGAGGACGAUGAACCAAGCGGAGACAGCUGAGAGCAGAAGCAUUUUGUGACGGUGUGUUAACAGCCACGGUUGCUAUCCCUAGUCAAUACUGUCCACAAAUCAGGAUUGUGUCUCGCUGUUACCACAGCACAGCAUGAGUUUUAUGCGACAAAUCAGCGCUUGUGUUUCUGCACUUGAAACGGUGCGCUUUGUAGCAAGUCUCUUAACGGAAUGUGUGUUUGCUGUUGCUGCA